GGCGCUCACAACACGUCUGGCUCCCUCACGCUCAGCCGCGCUGCCCCGCUCAACAUGACCUCGGAAUUCUUAACCUUCUGGACCCACAGUGACUACCAGGAUCAGUGAGAAUGACCCUGUAGGUGCACCUAUCUGUUCCCCAAGAGUCAGAGCGGUGGAGGUUCACAGUGGCCGGAAAAAAAGCGAUUCAAAAUGACGCUCUAGCAAGUCUUUGUUCGGUGGCUUGUCAGGGCGACCACUCCACCAACGCGCAGCUAUUGAAUUUUUUUGUUUCGCUCCAUCUUCGGUUGUUUCCUUCAUCGUCCACAUGGAGUGAAGUGGCUGCGGUAGAGAGGCGAGGGACGUGUUGAGCAAGGAAGUCGAGCUGAGUGGUCCCUCGUGAAUAAAGGAAGAUGAGAUCGAGUAGCGUCGAGGAGGUGGGAGGUCAUGGGCCCGGGGACCCGUGGGAGGUGUUCACGGCAUUGGCCAUCCUGGUGGUGGAGGGGAGGACGCCUGGCGGAGAGCGAGGCUACCACGCCGGACCUCACUGUCCCCUCCCCCACCAGCUCCAACACAAGCACUCUUGCGACCCCAACCAUCACGUGUGCAUGCAAGCGAGUGCGUUGGUGCGGCAGCUACGUGUCAUGUGGGGAGUCGGGGUGGGCGUGACCCUGGAGGUCUUGGUGGCCCCCGAGUGUCAGCAUGGAGCUGCACUAGCCACAACCCUCGACACCACCACGGCGCCCUCCCAGAACCUCAGACUCAUCGAGCAAUGGAAUUUCACCAUCUAUGAUCGAAAGCUGCCGGAGGCUACUGCCACAGGCUGGUCCUUGAUGGCUGCAGUGCGUUCCUUCCUACACUUCUCCCAACUGUCAGCCUGGCUUAGCGUGUCAGGGGGUCGUCGCCCACCCAAUGUGCUCUACCGCCUCACUGUCACCUCGCCUGUGUUUUGCUCCAAGUUCACAGCAGAGGCAGAGGAGCAUGUGUUUCCCAUUACAUACAUGGGACAGGACACCUCCAUCAAGGUGUCGGUGAGAUCACUUCCCCGCAGUGAGAAGGUUCCAGUGGUGGAGUGUCCCGAGCCCCAUGAGGAGCAGGAGACUGGUGGCAGUGUUCCAGAAACCUACCCUACAUCUUCCUCUUCUUGGAGCUCUUCUUCCUCUUCUUGCACAACCACCUCCAUCUGCUCCUCCUCUCCCUCCUCCUCCUCAUGCCAGAACAAGGCUGACAACAGCAGGUGUGAUGACGAUCUACGGAGAAGUGUAAUGAAGGCCAAGCUUGCAGAGAACAGCAGAGUUACUCGCAGUGAAUCACCGGACACACAGCUUGGAGAAUCUCUCUUGGAUCCCCCUCAUUCCCUCACUCGCUUUCCUCGCCGUUAUCAGUCUCCUUCUCGCUCAGGUUCUCCCUCUCUGGAGACACCUGAGCACCUCAUCUGCCGCCCCAGACCACCAGCACCCCAGAACAAGCCUCCUGACAUCAGCAUGAUGGUUGGACCUGGCCCCACCUCACACCCAUUCUCAUGGACCCAAGCACGUUACCCACUGACUCCCAUCGUCCAUCAACCUUCCAUGGAUUCCAUGUGUCCCCCAAAUGCUGAUGUGAUGCAUUCCCAUCCACAUCACCUUCAUCAUCACCAGUUGGCACAGAAUUCAUUAGGAUUUGACUUCUCAGGUACCUACCAGCCUUACCGUAGACCACAGCUGGUGUACAACAGACCACAGAUGUGCUGGUCUCAGGUACAGCCUGUAAUGCAGCAUAAACCACAACAAGUGACACUCCACCCACAACAGACUCCCCUCUCGGUGAACCCUGUCAGCUACAGCUCACAGCAAAAGACUAUGAAUCAGAUGUCCCCGAGGGGAGGCAAAUACCAGCAUUACCCUGAGUACCAAGCAUUUGAUCAGCUUGAUGCCCAUACUAUGACAGGGGAAUACCCAGAGCCUCUGGGUGACCACAGUGAUGAUGUUCUGGUGGGGGAGUACCAGGACCCUCACAUUUUGAUGGCAGGUGAGCCUUCAAGAUUGAGCUGCAUGACUUCUCAGGAGGGUGGCAGAGAGCAGGGAGUGAAGAGACCAGGAGAACACUCUAGUGAAUGGGAAUACCAGGAAGAACACCAGACCUACAAGCGAGAUUAUUUCCACAAAUCUUUGCCAGUUCCUGAGACCUCCCACCACAACAGGGAUCAGGGAAGUCCUCAGUGUAGCAGUACCCGGGUGAAGCAGGACCCUAGCAGACUCCAUAAAUUGACAGAGGAGGAUAAGAUGCUUCCUAAGGUAUUAGAUGACCAGAUGAGACCUUGUUGCUCCCACACUGGCAAGCAUCUGUGUUCUAGCAUUGAAGACCUGACUGAGGUUGGCAGCACAGAGGAGACUAUCUCUGCACAUCUUUGUCCCAAAGAGCUUAAACAAGGACUAAAGCAGCGAGGAGAUGUAAGCCCCAGUCAUCUCUACAAUACAAAGGUUAACUUUGAUUUGACUCCAAAGGAGACCAUGGAGAUACUGAGUGUGCUACGGCAACCAAAUCCCCUUCCUCCCUUGCGCAUAGAUAGGCACAGGGGACAGUACGAGGCUGUGUCUCCACGAGGUUCAGGAGAAGCCAAGUUACCUGGGAUAAGCUUUGUUAGCGAUUGCAGUGUUGGCAGCAAAUCUUGGGAAAACAAGGGUUAUCUUUCAAAAUUUCUAAAAGACAGAGGAAAGAAGGUUGAAACCAAGUGCUGGAAAGAAGAAAAAUAUGAAUCCUCACAUAUCAGCAUUAAAGAUGAAAAUGUAGAUGAUCUGGAAAAGAGAGGAGAGAAUGCAGCUGACCAAUCAUGGAGUGAAUACAGGAAAAAUGUGGGACUAGCCUUUCCUUCUUCUGAAAGCUCUCAAGGACAACAAAGUGAAAGGUGCCAUAAUAAAAGUUUGGGCCGAGGGAGAGAAGGUGUACAAGAGCUUCCUCCUAGUCCUGAAAAUCUGUUUCUUGAAGCUAUAGCUCGUAGUGGUGAGAAGCAUUGUGAUAUUUCUAGCUGUAAGACUUUAGUUGAUAGCCGUGAAUCAUAUCGGACCAGAGCGUGUAAGGAUGCAAGUGUGGUGUCUUGUGAUAAUGUGAAUACAAGUGUGUCCAGUGAGAUGAAUAAAUGUGAUACAAAAGUUGUUAGUGGAAAAAGUUUGCAAUUAUCAAGUGAAACAAGAUGCAUCGAGGCCAAGAAGGUUACCCACAAGAUGAGUGUCUUCACUGCCAGCAGUGAGCCAGCCAAACCCGUCAUAUCUCAGCCCCAGAAGCAGACUUCACAAACUCUUGUUAAAAGUCCAUUUAGUGCAGUUUUAUCAAGUAUUCAAAAAGAGAAUAAUAGAGUUCUGGAAGAUGAACAAAGCCAUUGUCAAGAAACUGAAAAAACAAAAGCCUCCCAAAUAGGAAGAGAGUUUGUUAAAAGGGCAUUAACAUUUGAAGUUCAAAAGUCUGAGGGAAUCUUGAGAUCAGAGACUCACACAAAUGGAACCAUCCAAAACAAAGAAAGGACCACAAAUGAAGUAGGUAACCAGAAUGGUGUGGUGCAGAAUGGUAAAGAUCUGGACAGACCCUUGCGGGACACUCGUGAAGGGUUUGCCAAGAGCACUAGUUUGCUCAAACACUUGAUGACUAAAAGUCAUCAUCAAACUCAGGACAUCACUCAGGGCAAUAAGCAAAUAAAACUUGAAAAAGAUGACAUGGAUUGGAAGGAGCUGGAAGAGCAACAACAGCUGGAAACACAGGAGAUGGAAGUGUUAGAAAACCAAGAGAUCUCUGUUGACAGUGAAGUAGAAAAAAUAUGCAAUGAAAAGGGUGUCCCCAUUCCCUCUGCAAGUGCAAAGGCUCAGUUCCGGAGGUCCUUGGACUCGGCCACAAACAUGGUGUUCCACAGCAAGACUGGAUUGCCACUCACCUCGUCUCCAGCGCCUCUCAGAAAAGGGAAACGCUUUGACUAUGAUUCCACCUUGAACUGUGUUGCUGCAAUUAAGAGUGCUCUGUACACGUGCGACAGUGAAGAAGAUGAGAACUACUCUGUGGAGAUGAGUGCCAACAAUGAGGUGCACAACCAUGCCUACAAAACCACCCAGCUGUCCCUCUCAGCCCCUGCCACUGUGACCUGCUCCAACCUUCUGGGCAGCUUUGAAGAGUGUGUGCUGAACGGCCGCCUGGAACCUGUGUCCACUGUGCAGGGCUUCACUGCUGAGAUAGCUGCCUCUGGGGCCUUCUGUCCCAAACGCACCACCAAACCUGUUACUGUGUUCUUCUACACCCUCUGUGAUAAUGACCAGAUCUCAUCCCCCUACAUGGGUCACAUAAACCUGGGCAAGAAAGGCUACCAUGUGCCCAACAAAGGCACAGUGCAGGUGACUCUGUUCAACCCCCAUGGUACUGUGGUAAAGAUGUUCGUGGUGAUGUAUGACCUGUCAGACAUGCCACCCAAUUCCCGUACCUUUGUCCGGCAGCGCACUCUCAACAUGCCUGUUGGGGCGAGUGACUCAGAUGCCAAUGCUCACCAGUGGCUGCGUUACCUCAUACACCUCAGGUUUGUCAGUUCCAAGUCUGGCAAGAUCUACCUCCAUACUGAUAUCCGUAUGCUGAUCUUCCGCAAGAGUGAUGCAGAUGCUGCCAACCUCCACAACGAGUGUUCCUAUGAGUUGCGCUCCUUCACUCAUGGGCCAACCAAUCCAAAAUUUUCUCCAAGGAAGUAGAGAAAGUGCUACAUUCUUCAACUCUCCUCCAGUCUGCCAAGGGAUGUUGCAUGUGGUGUGAGUUGCUGGGGCCUCUUGGCAAAUGUUAUGAAGUGUUGUCACAGACCUGACAAGAGAACUUGCUUUUAAGGGUAACCACCGGUACAGUUUAAGAGAAGUGUAUCAAAACACCUUAUUUUAGAUAAUGGAUGUAUGGUGCAUUUAACAGUAGUUUUUAUUCCUAUCAUAUUCUUGUAUAAUGAAGUUGGUUGAUAUAUUGUAUGAAAGAUAUAAUGACAUAACUUCCAGAAUUUCAAAUAACAUAUUUUAAAAUCAUAUUACAAUGCAAGAUAAUGCUUCCAAUAUGAGCUGUUGAAUGUGGACAAAACCAUCCUGUGGAAAAUGCAUGAAAGAUUUCCCAGGUGAUAAUAUGUCUGAAUGACUGAGUGACCUAUAAGUUCCUUAUCAACUUGUGUGCUUGACUUGAACUAAGGUUUGUGUGUGUGUAGGAAGAGAGACUUGAGCCUGAUGGCAGAUGUGCUGCUAGCAGGCAGCUGCUGCCUGUGAGUAGUCCAGGUGAUGAUGUGUUUGCAUAUGUGAUAGUGUUUAUGGAUAAUGAUAGUUGAUCUCAGUAUUGUCUAUAAAUGAUGCAGAUUGUUUUAAGUCUGUUGUUCAGUCAUGUGAUAAAAUCACGGUUGAGUUUUGACGACCGUUUUCAAUGUACUAGUUUUGUGAAGGGUUACAAAUUGUUUUGUCUCUUCUUUACUUAUUACAUAAAUUAUUCAUAUGGUGCAUCCUUUGAGAGAUUUUAUUGGAAAUAUAUAUUUCAAUAGUAAUGAAAAUCAAGUUUCUAGAUUUCUUAUGUUUAAAAAUUCCUUAUUCAAAAAUUAUCUUCAUAACUAAGGUUACUUUUCAUAAAAGUAACCUAGUUACACAAAUGUAACUAACAGAUGAAAACACUGAAAUACUUGCCUCAAGUCUUCAGUUGUUACUUAAGACAGAUUUAGUAUGUAAUAUCAGUCAGUGAUCUUUAUUUUGACAUUUUUGUACUGAACUGUGAUGACCUGCAUUUUGGCACCAAGAGAUGAAAGACUCCAGGAAAGUUUUAUUACCUUGAAGUUUGGUACAAGAAUAUUUCAAUGAAGAUUGCAUGACAGUAUUCAUUAAUGUGCCUGUAUUGUAUAUUUUUUUUAAUGUUGAACUCUGAAAUGUUUGACAAUAUGAUAAGCUACUCACCCUUUGGUGGCUUAGGUCUGUAAUGACUCCUUUUUCCAGUGACCAGAAUCUCUUCCUACUGAGAUUGCAUGACUAUAUUAUGUAUAGAGAGAUGUACUAUAUGUCACACUAUAUAUUCAUAUUCUCUGCAAGAUAUAUCCAUACACUUCAAAACUUAUAAAUAAUUUUCAUAUUCAAAAUCAAUUUGGAUAUAUCUGAUUAUCUGAUGCUUGACUAACCUCUAUUGAAGGUGAAUUAGUGAUAUAAUGUUACAUGAGAGGUCUUGACCAACAGCCCAUUUGUGGGGCUGAGAACCCUGGAGCCUGGCACUGAGCAAACUUGAUAAGCACUUUUGGACAAAGGAGUGAUGAUUGAAAAUAUUGCUUUGGAGAUUUGUAAGAAUUUAAUGGACUUUGGAGAUUACUUGUGGUUGUAAACAAGAUAUUGAUUUGGCAAUGAAACCUGAUGUUUUUAACUUGACUUGCAUGUUAAAACCUUAAUCUACAUUUGAUUUUUAUUGAGCUUCAUGUGUAUAUAGAGAUUUUCUUACGUUACAGUUUCAGUGAAUUAAUUUAAUUAAGAACCACCUUGGUAGUGAUAAUAAAAAUAACACUUGAGAUUGGCUGACAUAUCAUGCACACAAAACUGCCAUGUGUGAAGACAAAUCUUGGAAAACUGAAUUGUGAAUCAAAGUUGCAUUCUUAGUUUUCAACAAUCUAUUUUUAAUUGCUUUUGUUGAAAAUGCUUUUGACUUAAAUAAAUAUAAUGUUUAAGCAGCUGUAAAAGAGAACUAAUAUGCUAUCAGACACCCAUAAAAAAAAUGUUUUAACGGAUGUACUAGAAGACUAAUAUGCUCCCAGACAUUACUUUCAAUGUCCCAAGGAGUAAUCCUUUGAAAGCUGCCACCUGUCUUUGAACACUACUUUACCUUAAUGGAACCAGACCAUGCCAAUAGAUUUACAGCAUAGCCUUGCAAGUCUGUUAGGUACUACCUUUCAAAUAACAAGAAUCUGCCAGUGUAAAUUUUGAUUAUCAUAGAAUAUGAAAGUCACUGAUAUUUUAUCAACUCAUUUGAAACUGAUAACUUUGCCUACCAAAAAUAUUUUUUUUUUCGUUAUUGACUAAUAGAAAAGCAUGGCUGCCAACAAGUGUCAAAAAAUGUGCAGCAGUAUCAAUGCUGCUUCUACCUGAACUACCAUCUUUGCAAAGAAGGUAGAAUUAACCAGAUGCAUAAGAUUGCCUUAAUAUUUGUAGAACCUUUUACAACAUUCAGGAUUGGGGCAUUAUGAUUCCCGAUGUCAUUUUAUUGUGUUGGAACAUGAAGCAGUAGAACAGUAUAUUAGCUGUGCUGAUGCAGACACAGUGCUUGUCACUAGAAAGACUUCAAAGUUGUUGGUCAUAUUGACUAGCCUGGACUAAGCCAGUAGUGGCUGAAGGGGCCUGUGGGCUGGGAUCAGAUCACAUCAUCAUCAGCUUUACAGCUAGUCAUAUUUGUUCAUUAACAUUUCUUUUGAUGUAUGAUGAAAAAAUGGUACAGCUACAGAGGACUUUGAACAUAAGUUACAAAAAUGUAAAAUGCAUGACCACAAUAAACAUUAUUUGAAUGAGCAAUCAUACAUAUCAAAAUAAAUUCUAGUGAGAUUAAUUCAUGGUUGGGUGAAUGUUAUUUAUAACCAGAAAUGUUAAAAAGCUUCAAUAAUAAGAGUGAAUAUUGUUGGGUAUGAAUGCUUGUAAAGGACUUAAGUCCUAGGGCCUGAAAUUUCCUUGGAUAAAUAAACACGCACAAUAUUGAAGUACAUGAACACGUACUACUUAUAAGCUGAGGCUUCUUUUACAUUGUGACAGUUAUGACCUGCCAGUAUUGAGUUGAUGAACUGUUUAAGCCUCCAGUCAUUGCUUGUUAUAAUCUGACUGCCAGAAUAUGAUGUAAUGUUAAAUGCACAUGUGUGAAAGUUCUUUUGAUGGUUCUUGAGUAAGAUUUAAAUUGAUUUUAAUAUGAAUCCAUUGCCCUUUAUAAACUAAUCAUAUUUACAAAAUUGUUAUUUCUUGUUUGAAAUUUGUAUAGUGAAUGGAUUAUUUCUGUAGUAUUGUAAAGACUCUGGAAAUACAUUUAAGGGACAUUACUACAUCCUUUUAGAAAAAUUUGAUUUGAUUACAUACUUUUUAUAAAAGUGGCAUUUAACUGAUGUGUAGUUAAAUGUUUUAGUAUACAAAUACUUUCCUACCACAGAUAUUGUAAUAUUUUUCAAAUAAAAGAAAUUUGCUGUGUAAUGUCCAGAAAUUAUGAUCGGCUGUUCACUAAGUUACUUCAGACGAAAGGCAAUACCAUUUUUCUGCUCAUGCCUAGAUUUUUACCAGUUUUAUUUAGUUUGUUUACCAAAAGGUGUUACUUUAUGAAAACUUACAAAAUUUAUCAUUUGGAUAAUGAUUAAUGAGAUAAGCUACAGUUUAUUGAUAAUAUAUUUCUGACUCAAGACUACAUCAUAUCAGAGUUGCAUUACUCCAGCUAGAGAGUUCUUCCUUUGGGUACUUUUUAAUGUCAGAAUGGUACAGUGCAGAAUCUUGAAUUACUUGUUCAGAUGUUAGGCCAUCGAGUCCAUCACCACCACAGCCCCAUCCCAAGGAAAGGUUAAACUGCCCGACAUGAUAAAGAAAGUUGCAAGUUUCAGUAGUUGUGAAUUGAAUGUCAUGUGAAGAUAUGCAUAAACAGACAAACUAGAAUGAGGGGUGGAAAGGAGUAGCAUCAGGUAAAUGUUAAGCUUCCUCCUUGUCUUUCCUUUUCUCAGCUUUAACUUUGAAGUGUAAAUAAUGUACAGUGAGUGUUAAUAGAUUAUAUGAUUACCAUAAGGAUGCAUUGUCUCAUCAUUUAUCUGUUAAAAUAUAAGAUUGGAUUAUUCGUCAAAUGUUUGUUGAAAUCUGUCCUUGGAUCCAAUAAUCUGAUGAGUCUUUGCUAUAACUCCUUAAAAGGAAGUCUUUCGCUGUAGUUUUAGACAAAUCCUCAAUUGUCCAGACUUAAGAGUACUGUAGGUGAAAGAUGUUAGUUUUAUUACAAACAUGUACAUAGUCUACAUCUAUUUAUAUUAUUAUGGGCUUAACCAACUCUUAAUGUAUCUUAAAAAUAAAACUGUAGCUUGA